UUAUUAUCGCCCCCGCUCUUGAAGUAGAAGAGUGUUGUCAUUUCUCAAUUGUUCUUAGUUGCGAAGCAGUUUGCAGCAUAGCACUAUCUCGAAAUUGUUCAUUUUCCUCUAAUCUAUGGAUCCCGAAACAGCGUUAGAACUUGUCAAGCACGGUGUCACUCUCCUCUUACUCGAUGUUCCUCAGUACACCCUUGUCGCCGUCGAUACUCAGAUGUUCUCUGUGGGGCCUGCUUUUAAGGGUAUUAAGAUGAUUCCUCCAGGCGUUCAUUUUGUGUAUUAUAGUUCAUCAAGCAGGGAUGGGAAGGAGUUCUCAUCAAUUAUUGGAUUUUUUAUUGAUGCUGGCCCUUCAGAGGUAAUUGUUCGUAAAUGGGAUCAACAAGAGGAAAGGUUAAUCAAAUUAUCUGAGGAAGAGGAAGAAAGAUAUAGUCAAGCUGUUAAAAAUUUGGAAUUUGACAGACAACUUGGACCUUACAAUCUCAGCCAUUAUGAAGAUUGGAAACAAUUAUCUAAUUUUAUCACAAAGAGCGUCAUUGAACGGCUUGAGCCCAUUGGAGGUGAAAUUACUGUUGAAUGUGAAAAUGAGAUAGUUAGAAAUGCUACUAAAAUGCCAAUGGAGGACGCACUAGGCAAGCAGCUGAAGGUUGGUAAUUCUGCAACAUCUGUUGGCAAGUCUCAGAGGAAAGGAUGUUAUUAUACCUCAAUUCCACAUGUUGUGAAAUGCAAGGGGAUUAGUGGGCAGGAACUUACUUCUUUGAAUCUCGACAAGACACAAUUGUUAGAAACUCUACUGGCAAAAGAUUAUGGAGGUUCUGAAGACUUGCUUCUUGGAGAACUGCAAUUUGCAUUUGUUGCCUUUUUGAUGGGGCAAUCACUUGAAGCAUUUCUCCAAUGGAAGUCAUUAGUUAGCCUUUUGUUUGGCUGCACUGAAGCACCUUUCCGCACACGAACUCAUCUAUUCACAAAGUUCAUAAAAGUCAUCUAUAAUCAACUAAAAUACGGACUACAGAAAGAUCACAUGGGUGAAACAGGAUCAGCAUUAUUGGACGAUUCUUGGAUUUCUGCUGAUAGCUUUUUGCACCAUCUUUGCAAGGACUUCUUUUCAUCAUUGCUUGAUGGGUCGGUUGUUGAUGGAGAUCUUUUAAAAUGGACAAGGAAAUUUAAGGAGCUGUUGGAGAGAAAUCUAGGGUGGGAGUUUCAGCAGAGCAGUGCUGUUGAUGGAAUGUAUUUUGAGGAGAAUGAUGAGUACGCUCCUGUAGUUGAGAUGUUGGAUGAUGAAGCUCCAGUUGUUUAAAAAUGUGGAUUAUGUCAUCACUUGGCCAUAACAGGUUUUUCUGAGGAACUAAACCAUGACUGUCACGCCACUUUGCAUGGCCUUUGGCCAACUUACACUCACAAGCAUACCCUUCCCUCACAAUGUACAGUAAAAGCAAACUAUAGGAAGAUCAUUUGCAAUAUAUCAAAUUUCAAUUGUGUUAAAGUCAAAUGUUGUACUUAAAGUAGAAGUUCAGUAACUUUUCUCUUUAGUGGGAAACUUUCAAUAACUUUGAUGGAGAUUGAUAUUGUUUACACAGCUGCUCAGAUUUUGGUACUCCUCUUGGAAACUUGUGGUUUGUUAAUUUAUUAUGACAUGUUCGAUGAACUGCCAAUUGGAGGCACAUGUUUUCCUUUUGUGAC